AACACUGAGCGUGACGUGACGCACUCCUUACGUCUUCCCAUACGCACUCGCGUACGAAUAUAUAAAAACCCUUCAUCUGAAUCCUCCCAGAUAACCCCAAUCAUACCCUUGUUUCGGUUCCUUCCUCCAGCCCUUCUGGAGAGUCUCUCCGCUCUGCCGGGAUUUGCCUUGCUGAAUAUUGGGGUCAGGUGUCACUGUUGUGCAUUCUCGAAGGUGGAGGAUAUUUUUCUCGACAGACUCUUAUAUGCAGUUAUAGUCAAACUAAUGCACAGCAGGUGAGUUUCGGUUCAGUUGUUGCAAUGUCUGGGCUUGCCAAGGGUAUAAAAGUUUGCGACGAGGAGAGUUCUGGUAACCGUUCCCACAGAGCUCAAGGAUCCAGUGGAAAUUCAGGUGAUUUAGACCAUGACAUCGCUCAGUUGACGAAGCUCAGAUCCAAACCCAAUGAACAUCUGAGAAAGGCUACGCUGGGCGGAUUGAAAAUGCCUGUCUCUACCCUGAGAAUGUUGGCUGCUCGAGAGAGCAAUUAUUCAGGGAGGGGGAGGUUCUCACUGUCUGAUAGCUGUCAUGUGUUGAGUAGAUAUUUGCCUAUUUGUGGCCCUCAAAAGGUGGAUAAGAUGGGAACCCGUGCAUAUGUUUCUCAGUUUUCUGCUGACGGUUCGCUCUUUGUGGCAGGCUUUCAGGGAAGUCAUAUUAGGAUAUACAACGUGGAUAAGGGCUGGAAAGUUAAGAAGAACAUACUGGCAAAAAGUUUGAGAUGGACAAUUACAGACACUUGUCUUUCUCCUGAUCAACGUUAUCUCGUCUAUUCUAGUAUGUCACCCCUUGUCCACAUUGUUAAUAUUGAAUCUGCUGCAACAGAGUCACUUGCGAACGUCACGGAAAUACAUGAUGGCUUGGAUUUCUCUACUGAUAACGAUGACGAGCAUGAAGGGUUUUCUAUCUUCUCUGUGAAGUUCUCAACUGAUGGGCGAGAGCUUGUCGCUGCAAGCAGUGAUGGGGCAAUAUAUAUUCAUGAUCUUGUAGCAAACAAGGUUGGCCUUCAAAUUCCAGCUCAUGAGGUUGAUGUUAACACCGUAUGCUUUGCGGAUGAAAGUGGCCACAUCAUCUAUUCUGGAAGUGACGAUCAUUUCUGUAAGGUCUGGGACCGUCGUUGUCUUUCUACAACAGGACAAGCAGCUGGAGUUUUGACAGGACAUCUAGAAGGCAUUACGUUUAUUGAUAGUCGUGGAGAUGGACGUUACCUCAUUUCAAAUGGAAAGGAUCAGUCUACAAAACUAUGGGAUAUAAGAAAGAUGACUUCAAAUAGUCCAACAUUCCACAGGCGAAGAGACUUUAUUUGGGAUUACAGGUGGAUGGAGUACCCAGACGAAGAUAGAAACUUGAAACAUCCCCACGAUCAGUCAGUGGCUACAUAUAAAGGUCACUCAGUGUUGUAUACUCUGAUACGCUGUUACUUCUCCCCUGCAUAUAGCACUGGUCAGAAGUAUAUCUACACCGGAUCUAGUGACUGUAUAGUUUAUAUAUAUGAUCUGGUGAGUGGAAAUCAAGUUGCCAAACUCAACCAUCAUAAUGAACCUGUAAGGGAUUGCAGUUGGCAUCCAUUUUACCCCUUGAUGGUCACCUCUUCAUGGGACGGCGUAAUUGCCAAGUGGGAAUUCCCAGGGGACGGGAAAACAACAUCAUCAUCUAGGCCAAGGCAGAGAAGAAGCAGGAGGGCGAUGUUUUAUUAGAGCAGGUCACGGCCUCAAAUGUCCUAGACUUUUUAUGUUUUUUGCUCAUUGUUUAUAGUCAAAUUAACAUGGGAAGAGGCUUUACCGAGAAAAGAAGGUGAGCCAGGAAUUUGCCUUACUGCGGUGUCCAGUAAAGAUACACAUUACAGAGGUUUCUUCUUGACUUCAUCCCUUUGCUGUAUAUAAAGAUCAGAACUAUUCUUGUCAUUGCUUCAGCAGCAGUGAGGUGGGUUUAACAAUCAAGUAAAUCAGAACAAGAGUUGUCUUUGUUAAUCGUCUGCUUCCCUCAGCUAAAUGUGGGAAAGUCUAGGGCAUCGAACAGGAGCAGUUCUCUGUGGCAGGUACCGAGUGGUCAAUCUGUUAGUCUGUUGCUCAGCAAUGAACGAUUUUUCAUUUGUUGUGUUUCAUAGAUGUUUGAUUAUCUAUCUAUAUGCUUCUGCUUGCUUUGGA